ACUUCCUUCCUUUCAUACAUAUCUCCACUUCUUUCGUAUAUCCUGUUCCUUAAAAAAUAAAACACCAAAAGAACACCCAAUUCACCGUUUGACUCUAAUUUUCAAGAUUGAGAAAGAAUUUCUAAAGAUUUUGAGUUUAUGGGGUCUAAAGGAGGAGUUUUUUCCUGCUGUUUAUGCUUAAUUUUUGCUGUAUUUUUGCUGAGUUCUUCAUUUGUCAUUGGAGGUGAUAUAGUUCAUCAUGAUGAUGUUGCUCCAAAGAGGCCUGGUUGUAACAACAAUUUUGUGCUGGUAAAAAUUCCAACAUGGGUUCAUGGGAAUGAAGUAACUGAGUUUGUUGGCAUUGGGGCUCGAUUUGGCCCCACAUUGGAAUCAAAGGAAAAACGCGCUAAUCAGACGAGGCUUGCCUUUGCGGACCCAACGGAUUGUUGUAGCAAGCCUAAGAAUAAGCUCACUGGUGAGGCCAUCCUGGUGCACCGAGGUAAUUGCAGUUUCACUAGAAAAGCAAAAGUUGCAGAGGCUGCUGGCGCUUCAGCGAUCAUCAUUAUAAACAACCAAACAGAGCUCUUCAAGAUGGUUUGUGAGCCCGAUGAACCUGAUGUGGACAUUGGUAUCCCUGCCGUGAUGCUCCCACAAGAUGCAGGUACAAGCCUGAUAGAGUUUCUCAGGAACAGCUCUGCAGUUUCUGUGCAGCUAUACUCUCCAAAACGUCCAACUGUUGAUGUUGCUGAAGUGUUUUUAUGGCUUAUGGCGGUUGCUACCAUUUUAUGUGCUUCUUAUUGGUCUGCAUGGAGUGCCAGAGAAGCAGCAAUUGAGCAGGACAAGUUCUUAAAAGAUGGCUCAGAUGAUUAUGGUGGCAAGGAGGUGACCCAUUCCGGUGGUGUAUUGGACAUCAGCACAACAUCAGCACUUCUGUUCGUGGUGGUUGCAUCUUGCUUCUUGAUUAUGCUUUACAAGUUGAUGUCUUUCUGGUUUAUUGAGGUUCUGGUGGUCCUAUUUUGCAUCGGUGGCGUUGAGGGUCUACAAACCUGUUUGGUGGCCUUGUUAUCAUGUUUCAGAUGGUUUGAACAUGCUCAUGAAUCGGUUGUUAAAGUUCCACUUCUGGGGCCUGUUUCAUAUCUUUCGCUGGCAAUUUCUCCGUUCUGCUUAGCUUUCGCUGUUAUGUGGGUGGUUUUCCGCCGUGUCUCCUUUGCUUGGAUAGGUCAAGACAUACUUGGUAUUGUGUUGAUCAUUACCGUUCUCCAGAUCAUACGAGUUCCCAAUCUCAAGGUGGGAACAGUUCUUCUCACUUGUGCAUUCUUCUAUGACAUUUUUUGGGUAUUUGUUUCCAAAUGGUUGUUCCACAAGAGUGUUAUGAUAGAGGUUGCACGUGGUGAUAAUAGCGGAGAAGAUGGAAUUCCCAUGUUACUGAAAAUCCCACGAAUGUUUGAUCCUUGGGGUGGCUACAGCAUCAUUGGGUUUGGCGACAUAAUUUUACCAGGAUUAGUAGUAGCAUUUUCAUUAAGGUUUGACCACUACCUGAAUGAUAAUUGCAUUUCGUCCUUUUAUUUUCUCUGUACAGGUUUAUUUGUAACAUAUGUGGCUCUGAACUUGAUGGAUGGGCAUGGUCAACCUGCUUUGCUAUAUAUAGUUCCUUGCACAUUAGGCACGUUUUUGAUGUUGGGGAAGAAAAGAGGUGACUUGAAGCAUCUAUGGACAAGAGGAGAACCAGAUAGGCCCUGCCCUCAUAUCCGGCUUCAACCGGUAGAGUAAAUUAGAUUUUGUACUAUAUCUGUAAUCACAUGUAGCUCUGAUUUGUCAAAAUACAAAGUUAGGGUACAUAUGUUAGAAGUCUGAAAGAGGUUAGAGUUCUGAAAGUCAUACAUAGGUUACUUAGGUUGCUCCCCGACCCCGCCCUAUCCGGAUGUUGAGUACAUUGUUGUUAACCACAUAGUACGUAGUUUUUCUUUGGGACCAUUUCUCAAUUUGUAUGUCUUUAUGCUAAUCUUUUCUGUAUCGUUCUAAUUUUAUGAUGUCCCAAAAAGGAAUGAGAAGAGCGUGUAGUUUACUGUUAUGCAGUUGCAAAGAUAUUUAUACCGCUUUGCAGUUUGCAAGGCGUUCA